CCAUCUUGCGGGCGGCGGUGACGCCCUUGCGGCAGCCUCACUGAGAGCGGGCGGCGGUGACCGCUAUACUCAAAGCGACAGCGAUGUGGCUCGGCGGCCAUCUUUUGUGUGGCACGAGGCGGCCGGGCAAGGAGGGGGCGGGGUAUUUGUCGUCGCGCCGGAUGUGACGUCGCAGAGAAGCGCCGUCAGCAGUGCGCUGGGGCCGGAGGCAUGACCCGCUCCCGGCGACAAGUGGAGGCCGCGCGGAGGAAGCGGGUCCAGGCAAAACGCGAGAAGGCGGCAGGGAAGAAGGAGCUGGGGGUGCCACAGCUGGGCCGCUUUGCUGCCCGCCUCCAGCAGCAGAAUGAAAACAGGCAGAAAAGGGCGGCAGAGGCACGGCAGCGGCGGGAGGAGGCCCGGGAGACAGAGGUGGGACAGCGACGGAGCCUGGCCGGGCUCCAGCACGACGCUCUGCGGCGGCAACAGGAGUUUGAGCACAAGGAGGUGGUGGUGACACAGGGCCGAUGCACAAGAGAGGCCUCGCUGCGGCAGUAUGGGCGGGAGCUGCGCAAGGUGUUGGCGGCUUCUGAUGUGGUUCUGGAGGUGCUGGAUGCCCGCGACCCCCAGGGCUGCCGCAGCCCCCAGCUGGAGGCUGCCGUCCGUCGUGCCGGGCACCGCCAGCGCCUGGUGCUCAUCCUCAAUAAGAUCGACCUGGUGCCACGGGACGUGGUGGCGGCAUGGCUGAAGUACCUGCGAGCUGAGUUCCCCACUGUGGCCUUCAAGGCGUGCACCCAGCAGCAAAGCCGCAACCUGAAGCAGAGCCGGCUGCCAGCAGUGACGGCCCCAGAGGACGUCCUGGCCGGAGGCGCGUGUGUGGGCGCCGACUCUUUACUCCGUGUCUUAGCCAACUACAGCCGCUCCGGGGAGGUGAAAACAACCAUCACCGUGGGCGUCGUGGGGUACCCCAACGUGGGCAAGAGCAGCCUCAUCAACAGCCUGAAGAGGAGCCGGGCCUGUGGGGUGGGAGCAGCACCAGGUGUCACCAAGUGCCUGCAGGCUGUGCAGCUGGACCGCCACAUCCAGCUGUUGGACUGUCCUGGCGUCGUCAUGGAGACGGGGACAUCCCCCACCGUGGCACCCCUGAGAGGAGCCCUAGCCCCCCCAGCGCCUGCGGCGAGCUUUAUGGGGUCCCCCCCCUGUGCCGACCCCCGGCAAUUCCUAUCCCACCUGGCCCGACGACAGGGCCGCCUCCGUCCUGGGGGGCUGCCGGAUCCCCACGCCGCCGCCGUGGCCCUGCUGCGUGACUGGACCAGCGGGAAGAUCUCCUACUACACCCACCCCCCCAAAAUUCAGGGGGUGCAGCUGGAGGCCCAGAUUGUGACUACACUAGGACCAGCGCUUGACCUGGAAGCCCUGGAGAGGGGUGAUGCCGAGGCGCUGGCAGCUAUACCGGCGACAGUGACAGGAAUCGGGCUGUCCCCAUGUAUCCCCAAUGCGGAGACAGAUGAGAAAUACAGCGGGGAGGAAGAAGUCGCCAUGGAGGAUGACAAUGACAACCUGGAGCUCGGUGCGGUGACGGUGGAGCUGAAGCCCCGGGUGAAGACGAGAGGCAGCAAGGAGAGUUCUGUGCCCCAUGCCCCCCGUUUGGAGGAGGUGGCCACCCUCGACCCGCUGCUACAGGGCCAAGGGCUAAAGGCUGCCAGCAAACGAAGGAAAAAGCUGCAAAAAAGAGCAGAGAAAAUCGCCACGAAGCUUUCGGAGACACUGGAAGCAGCCAUGCAGUUCUGACGAUGAAGUUUAUUAUGUUUUCAAAGUGAGAAAUGGUUUAAAAGAAACACCUUUUUUGAAAUAAAAGCACGGGUGGAACAAG